AUGGACACAGGAAAGAAUGCGCUCUUCAGGGGCGAUCCGAGGCUUCCCGGAUACCUCGUGACGGACACGGUGAACAAGACAGUAGACAUUAGUGUCUCGGGCGCCACGAUCAGAAUUCCCGAGGCGAUCUACAAAAUUACGGCAUACCAGCGCAGUAUACUUGAGCAGCAUGUGGUCUCGUAUUUGACGCAACUAAGUUUGGCUUGUGUCGAUGUGAAAUGGCCAGCUUGGUUCCAAGACUUGGUUCAAGCCGGUAUUCUGGGCUCAGACCAUCGUCUACCCACAUACUGCCAGCGCUUCUACCGCCAGGGCAUUUUUCCAGCUUUCAAGGGAGAAAGGCCAAUGAACCUCACAGACGUCGUUGUGCUGCGCUGCCUCACCUUCAGCAAGGUAACGAGCGAGGUAAGCACCAAGCUUGAGCGAAUUGAUUGCAGCUGGAUGCUCGGUCAUCUAGACUUUCCUAGCACGGAAUUCGAGGUGAUACGCCAUAAAGGCACUCCUCUUGAAAGUUUACAAGCAGUUGGUCCUGCUAGUUUGGUAGCACCGGGACGCUGCCGGAUGAAGGCUAUUCCGAAACGUGACCCGGUUGUCUACAAAGUCUACAAGAAUGGCGUCGUGACUGUACGCCAUAGUGUCCUCGGCCAUCUCGAGUUUACAACUUCGGUGAAGGCUAUGAAAGACUGUGUCACCAAGGCUGUCAUAGUAGAGGGUGUGGAAAACAAAACGGCGGUGAAUCCUGUCUCGUCCUUUGGGCACCAAGCGUCUGUGGAAUUGGGAGACGGGAUAGAAGUGAACGGACCAGUCCAGCAACCCUCGCUGCCUGUGACGCAGGAGUCUCAAAACGACAAGGCAGUGACUCUCCGGUGGACUACUUAUGCCACAAAGGGGCCUAUUGUCCUUGCUCUAUUUGCUGCGGCAUUGUCUUUCGGCAUCACGGUCAUGCUCGGGAGUAUGAAAGUCGCCUUGGUCCCUCUGCUGCGAGUGGCGGCAGGACAGAUAUGGGAAACAAUUCGAUGGGUUGUCAAAAUGAGCGCCAGGAAAUCGCUCGGGUCCCUAGAUCUGGUUGUUCAACGACAGAUGUUACUAUUUUAA